AUGCUAGCGAAAUUUGAAACAAAGAGUUCUCGUGUAAAAGGCAUUGCACUGCAUCCCAAACGUCCGUGGGUCCUAUGUAGUCUUCAUGAUGGACAAAUUCAGCUUUGGGACUACCGAGUUGGCACAUUAUUAGAGACCUUUAAGGAGCAUAACGGUCCUGUGCGAUCAGUCGAUUUUCACUGCUCUCAGCCAUUGUUCGUUUCUGGUGGAGAUGACUACAAGAUUCGAGUUUGGAAUUACAAUUCAAAGAGGUCUCUGUACACCCUGAUGGGUCAUAAGGAUUAUAUUCGUGGAGUUCAGUUUCAUACACAAAAUCCCUGGAUUGUAAGCUGUUCGGAUGAUCAGUCCAUUCGAAUAUGGAAUUGGCAAAGCCGAGAAUGUAUAGCCGUUCUUCAAGGUCAUAAUCAUUACGUAAUGUCAGUCCAGUUCCACAUGACUCAAGAUUUGGUCGUCAGCGCUUCUCUCGAUCAGACUAUCCGCGUUUGGGAUAUUUCUGCUUUGAAGCAGAAGGGUAAAACAGUUCCGGGUCUAAAUCCAGUUCCCGCUACUGUAAUGGGCCGAUUUGGAAUAGAUAACGUGGGUACUGUGAAGUACAUCCUUGAAGGGCACGAACGAGGGGUGAAUUGGGCUUCUUUCCAUCAUGAAUUACCUUUAAUUGUGUCGGGUUCAGAUGAUCGCAUGAUUAAGAUUUGGAGAACAAACGAGUCAAAAGCAUGGGAGGUGGACACAAUGCGUGGACAUACCAACAAUGUGAAUUGCGUCCUUUUUCAUCCGCACGAGGAUUUGAUUCUGAGUGUGAGUGAAGACCACAGUAUCCGUGUAUGGGACAGUACAAAACGUAUCUGUAACCAGACUUUUAUGCGUACUCGAGAUCGUUUUUGGUGUCUGGCCACACAUCCCACGAAGAAUUGUGUAGCAGCUGGACAUGACUCAGGAGCAGUUGUGUUUAAGCUCUCUCGAGAGCGAACUCCUGCUGAUGUGUUGGAUGCCCGUUGUUUUUAUGUGUUGAAUCGUGGCUAUCAAAUGUGUGACGUGUAUUCCGGAAAGAACCAAACUACCAUUAUGCAGAUUACGCGUGGCGCUGCCUUGUCUGCGAGUGAGCCGCGGGAGUUGAUGGUGAAUCCGUUCUCUUCUUCCGAGUAUAUGCUUCUCGUCUUUAACCGCUCGAAUGGAGGGUCUUAUGAAAUGGUUCGUUUCCCUCAGAAUUCUUCUGGCCGAAUUAUUCCUGAAGUGGUCAGCGGAAAUGCUCUGGGCGCCGCUUUUAUCGGUCGCACAAAGUUCGCCACUCUGGAGUCGAACGAUACGCUGUUCAUUCGUAACUCGGACAACAUUGUGGGUUUUCGUCUCACUCUGCCUGUGGGAGGCGUUUCUCGGCUCUUCUGCGGUGGGUCUGCAGGGCGCAUUCUGCUGCAGAGCGGAGAGGAGUUGCUGAUGUUCGACACGUCCUCGCAGCAACUCGAAGGCAGCUUUGCAAUCGGAUCCGUGAAGCGAGUGAAGUGGCGAAAGGACGGCGAAGAAGUGGCCGUCAUCACGUCCAAUGGGCUGAGUGUCCUGGACCGCUCCUUGUCUCGCUGUGUCUCUGCGAGAGAGCACCAGCGUGUGAAGGGCGUGGUGUGGGACGCUGCUGGCGUGGCGAUCUACUGCACGAUGUCGCAAGUGAAAUACUUGCUUCGGUCUGGUGAGCAGGGAGUCAUUCGAAGUCUCGAAGACGUGGUCUAUCCCCUGGCCAUCAGAAAUGGCGUGCUCAUUGGAAUUGACCGGUUGGGCAAGCGCGUCCGGAUCGAAUUGGACACGACGGAGUAUCUUUUAAAAGUAGGGAGCUGCGAAAGAAACUACCGAGAAGCGAUUCGCAUCAUUCAGCAUAGCCACAUCGACUCGCAAGCAAUCUGCAGCUAUCUGCAGCGAAACGGGUUUGAGGAUAUCGCCCUGCACUUCGUAACCGAACCCCGCGCUCGCUUCACCCUCGCGAUUCGUUGCGGAAAUCUCGAGAUCGCUCUGCAGUGUGCUCGCGAGCUCGAUCUCCCGGAUAUUUGGAACUCCCUGGCGGAAGAAGCGUUGAAACAGGGAAACCACGAGAUCGUGGAGAUGGCUUAUCAGCACACGAAGGCGUUCGACAAGCUGAGUUUCUUGUACGUCAUCACGGGCAAUAUGGAGAAGCUGCGAAAGAUGUUGCGCAUCGCGGAGCUCCGCAAUGACAUCAUGGGGCGUUGCCAUAACGCGCUCUUCCUUGGCGAUGUUGGCGCCCGGAUCUCGCUGCUGCGCGAAGUGGGGCAGCCUUCUCUCGCCUAUUUAACUGCGGUCACGCACGGACUGGACGACGUCGCACAGGAGAUUUAUGAGGAGCUUCAGGAAGGCUGCGAGAUCCCCGCCAAGCCUCGCCACCCGUCUCUUCUUGUUCCGCCAGUGGCGGUUCUGCAGGAAUCGAAUUGGCCCUUGCUGGAGAUGCCGCGCUCUCAGUUCGACAAGCUGAUGGACGAGAUGAAGGCGAACGGAGACGAUGUGGCAUCCGAGGCGGCUUCCUUCGACGAAGCUGCUUCCUACUCGUCCUCGAUGGAGUCGGUUGAGUCGGAAGGCUCUGAAGAGUUCGGAGAAGGCGUGGAUGCUUCCCGGUCUUCUCGAUACGGCAAGGCCGCCGCUUCGGCAGGAGGAAGAACGGCGAGAGCCACAAAUCAAGUGAAGGAAAUCGAGCUUUCGGACGAUUCGGAGGCCGAGAAUCCUUGGAGCGACGAUCUGGAUUUCGAGGAGGAGGAGGGAGAGGAGGAUUCGGCGAACGAAGAGGUCGCGGAGGUUCCCGCGGCUGCGUCUUCUCUCCCCUCGCAGUGGUGUCGGUCGUCGUCUCUGGCCGUCGAUCACGUCGCGGCGGGCGACAUCGACGGAGCCGUGCAGUUGCUGCAUCGCCAGAUCGGUCUGCUUCGAGUCAGUGCAUUGACUGCUCCGAUGCGACGCUGCUUCCUCGCGGUGCAGGCCACAACCGCAGGGUUCCCCGGCAUGCCGAUCCUGGAAACGCCGCUGCAGCGCGAAGGCGGCCUUCCGCGAACGAUCCUGACGCUGGGCGAUCUCCGAGCGGAGGCGAAGAAAGGGCUGAAGAGCUUCCAAGGAGCCCGGUUCGAGGACUGCGCCCAGUCCUUCCGGGAGGUUUUCGAGAUCGCGCCGUUUGUGCAGGUGGGGGAUCGCGGCGAGGAGAGCGAGCUGGCCCAGUACCUCGAUCUGGCGCGCGAGUACAUCAUUGCCGUGAGACUGGAGCAGGCCAGGCAGAAGGCGAAGAAGGACAUGGCGCGGUCCCUGUUAUAUUUGGCGUUGAUGACGCGCUGCAAACUCCAGACGGCCCAUCUGCUUCUGCCGCUACACAGCGCGAUGGUCGCUUCGUUCAAGGCCGAGAACUUCAUCGACGCGGCGGAGUACGCUCGCCGGAUCUUGGAAAACCCCGAGAUCAAAUCACCUCGCAACGCAAGUUUGGAGCAGAAGGCGAAGAAAGUGCUGGGGAAGAGCGAAAAGGAAGGGCGCAACGCGAUUCAGACCGGGCUUCUCGACGAUCCGUUUGUCGUGGAGUGCGCCGCGCUGGCGCCUCUCUACCGCCAGGAGGAAAGAGUUCAGUGCCCCUACUGCCAUGCGAACUACUGCAAGGAUGCCAAGCAGACGGUGUGCUCGAUUUGCGAAUUGUGUCAAGUGGGAAUCGAAACGGUGGGCAUUGUGUGUGCGAAUUCGCAGCAGUUAUCUUACUGA